AUGAUAAAAGGCUUUGACAUAGUGGAGUGCCCGUUCGAGGGUGAUGAGUGUGUGCUGCCUCUUAUCAAGACGGAUUCUGGGUACGAGAUGAGGAUUUGCAACAGGCCUGAUGCCAAGAAAGUGGUUGCAACAAAGAACAAGGGAUGCAAGGGAUACUUCCAUCUAGAAAUAAUAGGUGAUGAAUGCAAGCUGGUUGGAUACACUGAGAACAUGUACUCCUUCGUGACGCCUGCAGACUUUUAUCUUCCUGUUGCAAAGGAGGCAAGGGAGUUUUACACUGAAAUUUACUCUAAAAUGGUUUACGGUGACAUGAAUGAGUGUAUGGAUGUUGCUGAGAUGUUUGAUAAGACAUACAAGGAUGAAGAGAUGCCUAUGUAUCCGGUCCCGAUAAUAUCUACUGUUGAAAGCUUUGAGAACUAUAAUUUCAAGGACUUUAAGGGAGGAAAGGACAGAACAGGAGACACCAUCCAUGUGGGGUACGAAGAUGAGGCACCCGAAAACCCCAUUCCAGGCCUGUUUGAGAGGCUCUCGAGGCUACAUGGAGAGGAUGUAAUGAAGCUACAGGAGCACCUGUUCAACCGUUUGUUUGACACACAUCCAAUUCUGAGGAUAUCCAAUAUCAUAAGAAUGUUCAAGUCGGACGAAAGAGCCACGGAGAUGGGAUUCAGCGACUGGAAGAUAAAGAAGCUCUUGCCCCUGCAUGCAUACUUUGUUGACUCCGGGCCUUGGAGGGGAUGCUGGAUAAAGUUUGGGCUUGAUCCCAAGAAAGACCAGAGCAAUUUCAAAUACCAAAUAUAUGACAGCCGUAAGUCAGGCAAGACAUUUCAGGUGUUUGAGGCUGAAAAUGUUGUCCACGAAGUAGAAAGAAAUAGGUCUUGGUAUCUAUCUGACGAGCCUAGCUUCAAGAUGGGUUUUCAUACGAAGGCUCUUCUAAACUUGCUCAGAUUUCGGUAUGAGCUUGAUUUCCAUUCCAACGAAGAGGAUGAGGAUGAGCUAGAGUUUGAGGUGUUUGAUUAA